AUGGAUAUAAAAAACACAAUAUGCAAUCGUUUUAAAUUCUUUCUUAUAUUAAUUGUGGUGCUAAUAUGUACAUUUGGAUUUAAACAUGAUGUUAUAGUAUAUAAAAAUGAAUAUAUUAGUUUCAGAAUUUUAAAUAAUGAUAUAGGGGCGAGUACCCUCCAUGGAUCUUUAGUUCCAAUUCAAAAUGAAAUACAAGAAAAUGACGAUUUAAAUGUUACAGAUUCUAAUCACGAAUUUGAUGGAGAUGUUAAGCCAAUGGAAAAUAAUAUUGAAAAUGUUGAAGAAAAAAAUGAAGAAAUAUAUAUCAAAGAAAAGCUUACAGAAAAUAAAAAUAAUUAUAAAAAUGGAGAUGGAUUUGAAGGAUUAACAUUAGAUAUAUAUUUUACUGAAAAUAACAAUAUAUAUACUAAUGUUAAGAUUGGAAAUCAAAUUUUAAAACUUUCAUUGAAUAGCAGAUUAGAAGGAAUGUAUGUUUUCAUGAAUGAUUCAAUUUCAUGUUAUCAAAAAGAUGAGAAUAAUAAAAGAAAAUGUUAUGAUCCCAGUUUUUCAGAGACUGCAUCAUGGUGCAACAAUAAUAUGAUAUGCUUACCUGCUAUAUUGUCAAUACCUUAUGAAUGCUAUGCUGAUAAAAAAUUAAACAUAAAUAAUAAAGUUGUAUAUCCAAACAUAUAUUAUGAUGCAUUAAAAUAUAGCGAAAGUCAUUUAGAGGGAUUCGACACAAUUGAACUUAUGGACUUAAAAUAUGUAAAUAAGAAAGAGGGAGCAAAAAAUGAUGAAAAUAAUAAUGGUGAAAAUAAAUCAAAUAAUUUAAACGUAUUUGAAAAUGCAGAUAUUAAACUUAUAGUCGAUUUAUCUAUUUAUAAUAAUUGGGAUUUAUUUAAAGACACAGAUGGUAUUAUGGGGCUUGCAGGUAAUGCAUUAAGUUGUAGAAAUACAAGUAUUUGGAAUAAAAUACUUGAAAAAAAUAAUUUUUUGUUUGGAAUUGAUAUUAAUUUAUCUGAAAAUUCAACAAAAAAAUAUGUUAAUAAUUUAUCAGAGAAGAAUAAAAGAAAUAUAAAUUUUUAUAAUGUAAUGUUUGAAAAUAAUGAUAUGAAUAACAAACUAAAUAAUACAGGGUAUGUGACAAAUUUACAAGAAUCAGUAGUUAAGCUAUUUUCAUCAAAAAGAAGAAAUAUAACUACAGAAGGGAAUCAAAAGAAUGUUAAUCCAAUUAUGUUAAACAAAGAAAUGUUAUCAUCAGAAAUACAUAUUGGUGAUUAUAAAAAAGAAUAUGAACCUAUAUUAUGGUCUGAGCCACGAGAAAGAGGUGGAAUAUUUUCAGAUUCUUUUAUACAAUUUACAAUAUAUAAUUUAGAAGUAUGUGAUAAUAAUAUAUUUGGUAAAAAUAGUAGUAACUGGCAAGGUGUUAUAGAUUUAAGUAGUAAAUGUUUAGUUCUUCCUAAAAUGUUUUGGCUAAGUUUAAUGCAAUAUUUACCUGUUAAUAAAAAUGAUGAAAGAUGUAUACCAACCAAUAAAGAAAUCGAAUUUAAUGAGGAUACAAUACCUAGGAUGUGUUCAAUUGAUGAUAAAUAUAGACCAUUACCUGUUUUGAAAUUUUCAUUUUCAGAUAACGAUAUAGUAUCUAAUAAUAAUAUAAAUAAUAGUGAUCAUGAGCAUGGAGAAAAAAAAAAAAUUCAUAUUCCUUUAGACAAUUUAAUAAUAAAAGAAAAUGGUCCAAAUAAUAAUUAUUUAUGUAUAAUUCCAGAUGUAAGGGAAGGUACAUCUAAUGGAAACAGUGGGAGAACAACUAAACCGUUAAUAAAAUUGGGGACCUAUGUAUUAAAUAAUUUUUAUGUUGUAGUGGAUCAAGAAAAUUAUAGAGUUGGAUUUUCAAAUAAAAAAAGUUUUUAUUAUUCCAAUGAUAAAUGUACACAAAAAGUAGAAUGCAUAGGUGAUCAAAUAUAUGAACCUGCAUUGAAUAUUUGUAUUGAUCCAGAUUGUUCUAUAUGGUAUUUUUAUACAUUAAACCCUGAGACAAAAACAUGUGAAUCAGUUUCAUCACGAUUUUACAUUUUUAUAAUAAUACUUAUUAUUUUACUAAUACUGGAUAUACAAUCUUAUUAUUUAUACAGAAGAUCUGUUCGUACUGCAAAAAUAUCAUCUCGCUAA